AGAAAGUGAAGUGAAAGAAAUGAAUUUACGAGAAUAGGUCGCAAGUCGCAUAGAUUUUUGGUUGAUUUCCUUUUCACUUUUCUUUCGUAUUCUCCAUAAGAUCUAAUAAACUAGAGCUUAUUUGUGUUCCUCGUUAUAUUUUGAUUCAACGGACUCGGCGCCGUACCACCUAAAACAGGAUAAGUACUAAAGUGAACAGCAUCUUAUUGAUUUUCUUCCCUUGCAUAUGCUUUCAACCAACGCGAAGUGGUGUUGUUAUAACUACUAGCGAAGAACGUGGAUCUAUGUUUUAAGACACCCGUUUUAUAUUUUUUGUAAUAGUCACAGAUCUUGUGACAUUUCACCUAAUUUGGUGUAAACAUAGAAAUAGGAAAAAUGAUGGCAAAUACGCUCGACAGCGUAAACGCGAACCAGCCCACGCAAAAUGGUAGCAAGGUCCAACCUUGUAAUAAUGAGUCAAAGACCAACCUUAUUAUUAACUAUCUGCCGCAAACGAUGACCCAGGAGGAGAUUAGAUCAUUGUUCUCGAGUGUCGGCGAAGUAGAAAGUUGCAAGCUUAUUAGAGACAAAGUGACAGUAUUUCCCGACCACAUUCUGAACGGGCAAAGUUUGGGGUACGCGUUCGUCAACUACCACAAGGCAGAGGACGCCGAGAAGGCAGUCAACACGCUCAAUGGCCUGAGGCUGCAGAACAAGAUCAUAAAGGUAUCGUACGCCCGCCCCAGUUCCGACGCGAUUAAAGGCGCCAAUCUUUACGUGUCGGGCUUGCCGAAGCACAUGACGCAGCAAGAAUUGGAGAAGCUCUUCAGUCCGUACGGAACCAUCAUCAGCUCGCGCAUACUUCAUGAGAAUGUGAAUGUCGGCCAUCUACUGCAAGUAGGCGGCGACGAGCCGACCAUCGUCGGGCCUUCGAGGGGCGUCGCUUUCAUCCGCUACGACCAGAGACACGAGGCCGAGAACGCAAUACGUGAGUUGAAUGGCACAAUACCUCCAGGUGGUACAGGCCCCAUUACGGUCAAGUGUGCCAACAACCCAAGCAACCAGAACAAGGCACUCGCCCCAUUGGCAGCAUACCUCGCGCCUGCUGCUGCUCGUCGCUUCGUUGGUCCUGCUGGUAAGGCUCUGUUGGCUAUCAACAAAGGUCUUCAAAGAUUUUCUCCUUUGGCCGACCCGCUCAUACAGGGUAAUGCCAUUGGCGGCUCAGGUUGGUGCAUCUUCGUGUAUAACAUUGGAGCUGAUACUGAAGAGAGUGUACUAUGGCAGCUCUUUGGCCCAUUUGGUGCCGUCCAGAGUGUUAAAAUUAUUAGAGAUCCCACAACCAACAAAUGCAAGGGCUAUGGUUUUGUCACCAUGACUAAUUAUGAUGAGGCUGUUGUUGCCAUCCAAUCCUUGAAUGGAUACUCGCUAAACGGCCAGGUACUCCAGGUCAGCUUCAAAACAAACAAGAGUAAAUCUUAAAUGAUCCAGAUUCUAGUCAAUAAAUUGUAGCUAAUGCAAAAAUGUUGAUCAUUACUUUGUCAUGGUUUGAAGUUUGACUAAUAGUACUGAACGAAAUACGGAAUAAAUGUGAUUCAAAUCAUGACAUGAUGUCAGUUUUGAACCGAUGUUCAUACAUUAUAAGUACAAAAUAAAAUCAUCACAAUAAUAUCUAGAAAAUUUCUAAAUGACUGACAUUAUACACCAAGUAUGUACUAAAUUGACCUAAUUUUAAUUUAUGAAGUCCAUGAAAUACCUGUCUAGUGAAAUACCUGAUGAUAUGUCCUAAGAUAAUAAAGUUAGUAACAAGUGAUGCAGUACUAAGUGGGAUAAACUUGCUGUAAUGUUUAAAUGGCUUACCUGACUAUCUGAGUUGUAAAUCAGAUGGAGUCAGUAGCUUAGACAACUAUGAAGUAAAUUAUAAUUAACUGCAUACUUUUUUCUAACUCAGUGUUUAUGUAUUAACUUAUGUCCAUUGAUAUAAAAGUCUUUUUUUUUAAGACUAACCCGUAGAGUUCUGGUAUUAUAAUAGGAUAAUGAUGCCAACAAGAUUCUAAUAUUAACAGUAAUUCAGGCAAUAAUAAUGAUAUGUUUAACGAUUGACAGUGCAAUAUUAAACUUUUUUUACUGUAAGUAAAAAAUAAAAAAAAAAUAUUUUAUUAUAAUAUGUAUAUUGAAAUGCUGUGCAAUUUUUAUUGUACCAACAAAUAAUAUUAUUUUCUUUUGAAAAAUAGUUGCAAUAAUAACAUAGUAUAUGUAAACAAAAUGUUCAUUGUAUAAUUAUUACCAAAGAGGUCAGAAAUGCAUUGACUGAUAUAUAAAAUGAUGUUUGUAAGUGAAACUUUGACUUAAAACUAUACUUCCAUUCAUGUUGAUAAAAUAAGGAUGGCCCCAUUAUUAUAAUAAUAUUGGAUAAUAAUAUAAUUCUGGAGCUUGAAUUGUGCACAAAGUCAUAAGUAAGGUGGAUACAUUUUAUAGAACAAUUAUAAUUAGGAUCAUAAAUAUUAUUUAUUAUGUAUUAUUUGAUUCCAUUCAUAAAUUCUACUUGAAAUCUGACAAGAAAAUCUCGAUUGAAAUUAUGUAUAAGGACCAUGACAUUACAACUAAAUUAGUUAUUGAUCAACAUUUUAUUAUGACUUGGAUACCUUCAUGUAUCACAUUGGGCACAUAAUUAUUAUAGUGAUUGUAUAAUAUGGUGAAAGUCAAAUUGAUAAUUAUUUAUUGGGAAAUUUUCAUGUGCAUUUCUUAUUGAAAUUUUAAACUUCAAUGCAAUUUUCUAUAAAGAAAGUUUGCAUACACUUGCACAAAGCAAAAUCCAUGACGUUUGACUUUCACAUCAUGAUAUUGUCUCUCUAAUUUGAUUGUAUAAUCAUCACUAUUUAUUAUUAAAUUUAAGUAACUUAAAAUUCAUUGUAAACAUAAUUUAUUGUCAUAAUCGUAAUAGAAAUUAUAGAUUUCAUUUUGAUGUUUAUAUUAAUAUAUUGAAUGUAGUGUAAGUUCAAAAUUAGUUGGGUAAUCUACUCAGUACUAUACCUUAUCCAACUGUUUGUAUCAUUUCUGAUAUUCAUUAUAGUAAUUUCUGUAAUAGUUAAAUUAUUGAUAGACAAAUGCAUAUCAUAAUUAAAGUGGUAUAAAAUCCGAGGCGAGAUAUUCACAGACACAUUGAUGGGCUUGUAUAAUGCAUUUUGAUUAAGUAUUUUCUUUAAUUUCUAUGUUAAGGAUAAAUGUUUCAUUAAUAUUAAUUAUUUAUUUAAAGUACUUAAAAUACGCGAAACUAGUCAGUUAUAAUUUUGCGCAACAUUUAAAUCUUUAAGUAAUCUUAUACUUAAGUAUUUAAAGAAAACUGUGUUCUCUAAUUUAAAAUGUAGAUUAGGAUUUUGGUUUAAAAUUAUGUUGGUGUGGUGUUUGGUUUAAUAUAAGUAAUAUACCCAUAUAAAGCACACAAUACAUAAAAAUACUAAAUGGUGUGUAUCAAAACUAGUCAAAGGUAGAUGUACCUCUGAGUUAUAUUGCUAUGAUGUGGAUGUGCUGUACUUGUGCGCGAUUGUACUCGCCAACUCGCAGAGUGGCAAUGAGAAGCCUCUAACUUUUAAUUGAAGAUAAAUUAGAAAGGGUUGAUAUGGAGUUGAAAUUCGGCUGGAAGGAAAUGGCCAAAGUUUAUCAAACCCACUUUAUUACUUGAAUUUUAUUGCCGCUUUUGGCUUCCACUGCUAACAGUGCUAACAUGCAAACAUUCGCGUAUCAAAUAAGCAAAAAUCCAUUUUACAAUUACUGAUAGUCUAUGUUGUGUCGUCCCUGAAUGGUUAAAACAAAUACGCUUGCUUUCUCCACCGAAAAUAAUACCAGUACACACCUGUCCACUUAAACGUUUUGUUCAACUUUAGUAUUUUGUGUUAUAAGUUGUGGUAUUUUAUUUAUUUAGAAUAGUUUCUGUUUAAUUUAUAUAAAACUAACAUCUUUCUAUUUAGUGUUUAUUUAUCCCACGUUUAAUGAUUUGGUUUAGUUUUUUUCGUUUGUAUUUACUUUGGGCAGGUUUGGGUAUUGUAGGGUUUGGCCUAGAAUGUAGCUAGAAUUAUAAGACAGAGUACAAAUCGCCGAUAAUGUAUGAAAAAGUGUUUGGCUUACUUACAUUUAAUUUUUGAAAUAAUGUCAACGAAUGUAAUCUGACGUAGGGGAUAUUGAUAGAAAUUAAAUAUUGACCUUAGCAAUAAUACAUAUAAA